GUUUUAAGAGGAUCAACAAAAUGGCAUCGUAAUAUAAUUGACUGCAUCUUCCUUUUGCAGACCCUUUCUCUUCUGGCCGUAGUCAACGCUGAGAGGUCUGGAUACAACUACCAGCCAGCUGAACCAUCCAUCUCCUACACGUCCAGCAGUAUUGGCUCAAGUCAAAAUAAUUAUGUACCACCUGCAGAAACAGGAGUAGUGAACCCAGAGCCGCUAAUCUCCAUUCAGCCAGUUGGCAAUGGUGCGCCUGCCGAGCAGGCAUACCAGGCGCCUCCCGAGCUGCUUAAGGAAUUUUUCACCUAUACCGCAGAUGAGCGCGAUUUCCAUGAGCCGAUUAAUCACGAUCAACUUUCGAGCAAUCUUCGUAGGAACUUGCGUGUUGUGUUCAUCAAGGGCCCUGAAUACAAUGGAGUCGAGGAUGCUGCCUUAUCCCUGUCCAAGCAGGCUGCUGAACAGCAAACUGCCAUCUAUGUUCUAAACAAGCAGGCUGAUAUUAACGAUCUUGGCAAUAAGUUGAACAACAUUCGCACCAACAAUUACCAGAAGCCGCAAGUGCACUUUGUCAAGUAUCGCACUCCUGAAGAUGCUGUCAAUGCUCAACGCGCUAUUCAGGGCCAGUACGAUCAGCUGGGCGGUGUCAGCACUCAUCAGAAUGGCGGCGUCGCACCUGUCCUUAACUUUGCCUCCAAAACACCCGUUCGAGAUAUACCAGCUGUGCAAGAGCCCGUGAACUCGUAUCUGCCCGCAUCGCUACUGCGCAGCCGUGCUUAGGAGUCGACUCUAGCAGAAAGCCUCCAAGCCUCCAGACUGACCAUAUCUGACUCCCACGCAUAUG